AUGACACGAAUAAGAGAGACAGGUGCGUCGCUGUCAUCAACCACAUCCGAUGGAACCUUUGCACCAACAACAACAUCAAAGCGAAAUACACUGGACUUGAGAGGUGUCAUUGGAAAAUUCAACAGACAUUCAUCCAAUAACAACAACAACAACAACAACAAUAUUGGAAAUUCUCCAAUUCUCAACCAAAUCAUUUCGGAUGAGCAGAAUUUUCAUUUACAUCUCAUUACUGAGCAAGAAGGAACAUCUUCGGAAGGAGUCAAUGAUUUGUGUUUUCCUGUUCCUCCAGGUCGAUUCAAAGUUCAAAUUUCAAACACAACGGCAGCAUUGGGUUUAAAACUAUUUUCGUCAGUGAUCUUGCGAGCAGAUGUAUCGUGUCAAUCUUCGGGAUCUUCCAUCAUGUCCAAAGAGGAUGAUCAACUUUGUAGCUCUGAUAAUAUUGACAAAGGAGGUUCAUGGAGUACAUUAAUUUCUACUCCAAUGGACUCUCAACAAUCCAUCAUUCGAGUUACAUUGUUUUGUGAGCCACCUGAUACCAAGUGCAGUUACAAAGUUACCAUUCAUCAGAUCUUUAAUGUACUUUCUACGAAGGGCUUUGAACUCGGAAAAGGAGAAGAAAAUGAUUAUCAUUUUGAUUUAGCAAUGGGACAAUAUCAUUUACUUGUACAUUCAGUGAAUCAAAUUCCUUUUCAUUGUACUUAUAGAUUUUCAAAUUCAAGUACGAGUUAUUCAGAAAAAGAUAUUACUGAAUUGAAAAUAUUGCCACAACCGAUUGUGGUUAUUAUUGAAGAAGAUACAGAUCAAACAAAUCUCACACAACCAUUGAAUGUUAAAGUUUCUGCAUUUAGUAACAAACCAGUGAAAGGAAGAUUAUCAAUUUUACAAUCCAUUGGAGCGAUGGAACUGAAACGAAUGCUUGACAGUGAACAACGUGUCACAAUUAAUGAAUACAAAUCUCUCAUUGAUGACUGUUAUAGAGAUAAGAAUGUUGAGUCUCUCACAGAUUUAGAAACAAUGUUAGGUGAUUUAUUAGAGAAAAAGGGACCUCGUUAUCAACCUAUUCAUUCCUAUGUUCAAGCAAUGAGAAAACAUUUAACAGAAUCCCAAGAGCUUGAAAAAGAAGUCAAAGAUCUUGUGAUGAGUAAGAACUUGAAACAAUCACAACUCGAUCACAUGCAAACACAAUUCAGAAAAUUACGCCAUCUAGUAGAAAAACACAAAUUGGAUCCAAAAAUUAUUAUCAAUCUUUCUGAGGAAGAGAAAAAGGUUGCUCACUACAAAGAAAUUCUGAAAAGGAUAAAAGAUUACACAAGUCGUCUGAAAGAAUAUGUGAACCAAUAUGAUACAUCAGUACUUGAAGCACUUUUACAUGACAUUUUAGAGGACACAUAUUUAAAAGAUGAAUGUUGUGCGAGCAUGGUUCAGUCCAUGAUUGAAGAACCAAAAUCUAUUUUGAAAAAACUUAAAAUUGUGGAUUCUGUGAAAGAAGAAAUUGAAAAGUACAUGAUGGAUGAAGAUCUCCAAGCACUAGAGAAGAUUAAGCAACAAAUUGACACUACCUAUGACUCGUAUGAACGAAAAUAUAUUGACAAGGAAUAUAUUCAAUUAGAUGAAGCGAUCAAAAAGAUAAAAACUCGUUUACAUGCUGAGAAAAAGCUACGAGAAGCAAUUCUCACAAAACAAACUCAUAGAAUUGGUGCAGAUAUCAAAGCAUUUGAACCCUAUUUGAAAGGUACACAAAUCUUACGAGAUGCAAAAAGAAUCAUGGAAGAUCUUCUCGACAAUGGCGAUGCUGACAUUUCCAAAUAUGUGAUCGAUCAAAAAGAAUCUGUAAAUAUUGGUCACGAUGAAGAGCGUCAAGGAAUGAUUGAAACUACACUCUCUUCAAGUGCCAUUAUCACUCAAAAAGAUCCUUUAACAUUGCCUCUCGACCAUUUGAAAGAGACAGAUGUACUCUCAAAAUUACUUCUCGAAGAUGAUGAUUUAAGUGCAAGAGAACCUCAGAGAACAACUUUUUCCUCAACGAAUCAAAAUUCUUCUUCGACGAGUGUCACUCAAACAAGUCCAACAGUAGAAAAGAAAAAAGAUAACCUUAUAGAUUCCAUUCUUGCUGAAGAAUAUGAUGAUGAUGAGUAUGAAGAGCAAAGCACACCUGUCGUGAAGAUGCCAUCUUCUUCCAUAAUGACUACUAAAAUUGGUAAUCCCUCAAAACUCAACAACACAACGACUCGGAAGAAUGAAUCUGUAGCUACAACCCCUACUAAUUCUUCCUUAAAUACUCAGACACAAAAAACAAAGUCACCAAUUGCUUCUGAUUCAAAAUCAACAAUACUUUCCAAAACUUCAAGCAAAAUUUCCAUACCGAGAAGUAAGACCAAAAAAUCAAAUACCACUCCCACUACUACUCCCACUACUCCUAUUAAUUCAACAUCUAAUAUAAUAACAACGGGUGGUAGUUAUCAGAGUAAUGGCAGUAGUAGUGGUGAUCCAUCCAUUCCAAGUGGAGUCUCCACUCCAAAAUCACCUUCAUUGUCAUCACCUCCUCAAGAGCAAUUUGACAAGUCUUUACAAGUCAAUAACAAUGGAGACAGACUCUCAGACAGUGAUAUUGAAUUGAUUUCUGAUGAUGAAGAUGAUGAUCCAAUCCCACUUUCAAAACCAAUAUCUGUUUCUCAAAUCAUGGGUGCCAUUUAUGGUGAUGUAUUCACUGAAGAAGAACUAAAGAGACGAAAUGAAGCUCUUCAAGGAGAGACUAGUAUUACAAAUGCUACUUCACACACAAGUGGUUUGGAAUCAAAGCGCUCUACAACCACCACAGCAACCACCACAGCAACUACACAACAACUUUCAUCCAACACCAACUCUGUCACUACCAACCACACGAUCGUUGCGAAUAAUAAUAAUACUACUGUUUCUGUCACGAGUAAUAGUAGCACGAGUGGUAACAAUGAACAACAGUCCGAUUCCAAACUCACAACCAUGCAUGCCAACCAUCAAAGAUCAGUAUCAUUUUCUCCGAAUGUAAUUAUGUUAAAGCCAAAUAAGCAAGCAAAGAAAGCUCCUCCUGCUUUGAAUGUAUGGGAAACAGAGUUAAAGCAGAAGGAAUCAAUAUUAUUGGAAAGAUUUCAAAGUAUGAUAUCAAAACCUAUUCACAAUGUACCAGAUAUCAACAACAAAGAUGUUGUCAAAUUAAUUGCCAAACAACACAAAAUAUCUGAACAUCCAUUACUUAAUCAAUUACAUCAUGAAAUUUUAAUAUUAAUUAACAGCAAUGGUGGUGACAUGCAAAACAAUGGUGUUAUUACAAUUUCCAAAUUUGAUUAUCAUGUUGAACAUGAUAUUGUAUAUAGUCCUCUAGUUGCAUCAGGUCGAACAUUGUCACAACAUACAGCACAACACUAUGAUAAUUUCAUUAAGACUCUCACAAGUGUUUGCUUAAAUCGAGCAAAGAAGAAAUAUUUUGGAAUGUCAGAAAGAACAUUCUAUAACAUUCUACAUGACUGUGUUUGUGAUGAAAAUAGCAAUAUUCAGGUGAUUAAUGAUCCUAAUUUGAGAUAUAUGAAUGUUCACAGAAUUCAUUUACUUUUAGAAUAUUUUAAUUCUAAAAAGUUUGCACAAAAAUAUCAACAACAAUAUCAACAAACAAAAGAUGUCACUCUCAUGGAAUUCUUGUUGGACAUUGGUGAAUUGGUGGAUAUAUUCAAUUACUUGUGUAAAUAUUGUAGCAAUUACUUGAAGUCAAUCUAUGAACCAACAUCAAUUCUUGUUGACAGCACUCAUAGAGAUGAAUUUCUUUCCAUUGUUGAAUUACUUUGCCAAAUGAGCUUUAAACUUGGAUAUUCAUCCAAACCCAAGGAUGUGUACAAUAUCAAUACGUAUAUUUUGGGAAGUGCCGAAAAGGUUCAACAAUUCAUCAAAAUCUCAAGUGAAAUUUCAAAGUUUGUAGAUUCUAAAAAGGUACUCAUGAUUGAAGACAGAGUCUAUUUAGCCAAAUUUGCUAGAGGAAGUAUCUGCCCAGCAUUGGAAAACUUUUUCAAGCAAGGAGUCAAAUUUCAAUCAGUCAUGAAAGGAUAUUACCAUGUUUGGAACGUCAUUUUGGAGAUGUAUUACUACUUACAACUUCAAUUGCCAGAUUUUGUGAAAUUUAGACUUAACCAAGCCAUUGAAGAGCAACGAGCAGUAGACGUUUCCUCAUUGACCAACGAACAAGUUCACUAUUUUGACUUUGUUCAGUACACUCUCAUGAUUUCCAAGUCCAUACAUAGUGAUGAAUUAUUGUUUGAUCGUCAUAUUCAAUUCAGGACAUGGAUUUGCCUCGCACUCAAUCAUCACAAGUUAUACAGCUUCAUUCGUUUAUUAUUUAAGAAUCACCAGAUCCUUAAAAGAUAUUAUCAUGCUGAGGCCUCUGUAUUUAACCCGCAUGUUCAGGAAGUCAUCUUGUCUCAUGUGAAUUCCCUUUGCGAAAUUGAUUUUGAUAUUAAGCUCGAUCAUCAAGAAAUGUUUGUAAAUUUAUAA